AUGGAAGAAGUGCCAAUAAUGGAGAGAAUUGAACCCUUCACUCCGCUUAUCGAGGAAGAAGCCUUCUUAUCGCCGGGAACAUUCUCCAGCGCAGACGAGUAUGCCGCAAACCCCAGAUUCCUUGAGCUGCAAGAAGAACUUCGUUGCGUCCUCUUUUCCGCAGUCGCAAGUCUCGAGCCAACAGCCUACACAUCACCAGCGCCUCUAGAACCAGAACUUCCUCAAAGAAGAGCCUCACGCCAAAGUCUAGAUUUUACGCGAGUGAUAUCAAUCCCUAAAAUCAGACUAAUUUUCUACCUCAAGAAUUGGAUCACAGAAUGUGCCCCAUAUCUCGAUAAAUUCGAUGAAGCGCGCCAUUUCGGCGUUCACAUUCCCAUUCUGGCACAAGGUUCGCCAGCUCUUUUCUACGCCAUUCUCGCAUUCUCAGCCCGCCAGACAGAGCGCAAAGCCUGUCUCGACAAGGCAUAUGACAGUCUUGAGCUGUAUCAAGAGUCCAUUAGACUCCUAGCACCGUGCCUCCAAGCCAAAGACCCAAAUGUUCUCGUCACAGUAUGCAUUCUCGCCGUGAUGGAACUAAUGUCCGUAAGCCCGCGCGACUGGCGACGACACGUCGAAGGCUGCGCUGCGCUCUUUGACUCCUUCAAUGUAAACGGGCUCUCUGGGGGGCAUCUCCAAGCUGUUUUUUGGUGCUAUGCGCGCAUGGAAUUGUGCGGAGCGAUCAUCUCUAACGGUGCCGAGAGCACUGUCCUCCCAUUGGAGAAAUGGGUUCCAGCGAUGCCGCACGCUGGGUCAAAAGAGAAGGAGGAAGAUAUGAUCCGUGAUCUGUUUUGCGACAAUGGCCGCGCAUCUGCGGAUAUGCAUGCGAACUGGGCUGUUUACCUGUGCGCGAAAGCGUGCGACCUCUCUUGUCGACGGACGCGUUACUUGGAGCUCGGCGAGACGACCGGUGAUUCACGACCGUUCUCUGAGCAGUGGAAUCGGCUCUGGGAUGAGUUGCAGUACUGGAUUGAGACGCGACCGCCUGCUAUGCUGCCAAUUAAGACUACGGGGAUGGGGAGUGGGCAAAUAUUCCCGGAGAUUUUGUUUGCGCACUGGGCUGCUAUUUCUGGCAAUCAGUUGUAUCAUGCGGCGUCGAUAAUGAUGUUGGAUAUGAGGCCUGUGGAGCGGGGGCCGCCGGCUGCUAAGCCGCAUUUCUCGGCUAUUUGGCAUGCUCGUCGCGUUUGUGGGAUCUCGCUGACAAAUCCUCAUUCUGGAAAUUUGAUCAAUGCUAUUCAGCCGCUUUAUAUUGCAGGGAAGUUGCUCAGUCAUCACAGUGAGCAUGUCGAAGUCGCGAAGUUGUUCAAGAUUAUUGAGCGCACGACUGGGUGGGGUGCUUUGUGGCGACUCAAGGAUCUUGAGCGUGCCUGGGGGUAUGAGCCGGGAGAGAUUCUAGGUGUGAUUUGA